GUUUCGAAAAAAGGGGGGUCACAAAGUGAAAUAUGUCCAAAGAAAAAGAGGACGAGUGCGAAAAAAAGGAAAUGGGGGACGCGGAUGUGAGAUCUUCAAACAGCGAUGAGUCAGAUGAGUAUCAAUCAGCCGGUGAGGGGGACGAUUCUGAUUCAAUUCCUUCGGAGCCCCUGCCCCAACCCAACACACACCUGUGCGAAGACACCACACCUGACACACCUACAGCAACAGCAACAACAACGGCAACAACGGAGCCCCUAGAUGAGUACACAAUGUAUCCCAUGCAUCAAAGCGUAUUUGAAGAUGACAUCAAGACAUUGCAGCGCCGACUCCUCCUGCGCACUGCUCAGGAUGAGAUUGGCAGCAAAGACAAGCACGGUAAUACGCCACUGCAUUUAGCCGUUAUGCUGGGCAGGAAGCAUGCCGUGCGCCUGCUGCUGGCCAACAAUGCCCCCGUCAGGAUCAAAAACAACGAGGGCUGGUCUCCUCUGGCCGAGGCCAUUAGCUACGGCGACCGCCAGACAAUCACUCAAUUGCUGCGCAUGCUAAAGCUACAGUCCAGGGAUCAUAUGGAGAAGCGCCGGGAGAAACUGGUGAAGGCGCUCAGUCAGAUGCAGGACUUCUACAUGGAGUUCAAGUGGGAUUUCCAGUCCUGGCUACCGUUGGUGUCCCGCAUCCUGCCCUCCGACAUUUGCAGGCUAUACAAGUCCGGGGCCUCCAUUCGAUUGGACACCACCCUGGUUGAUUUCAAUGACAUGAAGUGGGAGAGAGGCGACAUUUCGUUUCUCUUUCGGGGAGAAGCUCCUCCAAGGGAGGCUCUGGUCCUGCUUGACAACGAACAGGCGUGUUAUCAACGUUUGCGCCACGAGGAGGCCGACAUGGAGGAUGAAGUCGAUGGGCUCAUGUCAACGGACAUAAUGGCCACCCAAAUGUCCACCAAGACGAUCAAUUUUGCUCGGGCGCAAAGCGGCUGGAUUUUCCGCGCGAACCGGAAGGAACUCAUUGGCGGUCAGUAUCAAUGUGAGCUCUAUACCAUACAGGGCCUGAUCAUAAAGCAGCGCAAGCGACGCGAGCAUCUCUCACACGAGGAUCUGCAAAAGAAUCGCGCCAUUAUCGAGUCAAUGAGGAGCUCAGUAGUACAGCCUGACGGGCGUCGCUCCAGCCUGAACAGUCAGACCACGGAUACGACCACUGACAGCAAUAACCCAGCAGCACCGAACGGCAUUACCCUGCCAGAGCUGCCACGCCGCAGCUCAUUGCAAGCUCCCCCAGCCAGCAGUGUGACCUGGGAUCAGUACUUAGAGGCUGCAGUGGGGCGGUGCCCGCGUCUGGGACGUCCACUUGUCAACAAGCAGUCCAGCAAGACCCUGCGGGCCACAGUCGCCAUGAGCACGGACUUCCCACUCAGCGUGGAAAUGCUUUUGGACGUCCUCGAGGUGGUGGCUCCACUGAAGCACAUCAACAAGCUGCGAAAUUUCGUGACGCUCAAGUUGCCCACUGGAUUCCCGGUCAAGAUUGAGAUUCCUGUUCUGCACACUGUGACGGCCAAGGUAACUUUCCAGAAGUUCGAGUUCACCAACAGCAUCCCCGAUAAACUGUUUGAGAUUCCGUCAAACUACUGGGAGGAUGUGCGUCGUUUUCAGGAUUUAUGACCAAGCGACGCCGACGCUGAAGCCCGGCCCCAAACAUUUUCGACGGCCACCCAGCAUGGAUCCCCAACUGAACUCUACGUGGACCUGAACACUUAGAGCAAUGCGAGCACACGUGUCUGCGCAUAGCUACAGUUAAAAUGUUCACCGAACGUUUGCGUAUCCCUUCCUAUCCCUAUCCUGACUACUCCUUCGCUUUGGUCGUGACGUUUAUUUCGCCGACGAAACCCCAAAUUGCUCUCAAGUUGUUUCGCAUUUGUAUGUUUUCGUAGUUUUAAGAGAAAUUUUUCACAAAAUUUAAAUUUUUAUUAUUGGCAGGAUGUAAAUAUCCCAAAGCAAACUCUGGUUUUGCUCCAAAUUCAUCCGUUACGUUGAAAUUAAGGAUAUUUUCCAUUUGGGUCUCUUUCUAAAUUAAAUGAUUAAGUGAUGCCCUGAAAAUUUUAAUUUUUCGCCUACGAUUUGUUAUGUACUCCUAUGUAUAUUUUUCCCCCAUAUUCGGUCUGUUUUAGAAAGAAAUCUGUGUAUUAUGUAUUAUUUAGUA